AUGGCAACAAUUUCUUUGCGGAGAAUAAAAGACAAGGAUUUAGUUGGAUUGCCAUCCAAAACUGUAGAGACAGUUUCCUUUGAAUUUUCUGGAGAAGAACGUGAACUGUAUGAUAAGAUGGAAGCAGAUUCCAAGGAUGUUAUUGGAUGUUUUAUUACCGCUGAUAUUCUACACAGCCACUAUGUAUGUGUGCUUUUUUCAGUUAUACAGCUUCGCCAGUUAUGUAAUGAUUCGGCCUUGUGCUCUAUGGAUCUCAGAUCAUUGCUCCCUUCUGACAAUAUUGGAGAUGCAUCCAAACAUCCGGAAUUGCUUCGAAAGAUGAUUGAUGGGCUUCAAGAUGGUGAAGAUAUUGUCUGUUCGGUUUGCCUUGAUCCACCAACUGAUGCUACAAUCACAAUCUGUGAGCAUAUAUUUUGCAAAAAAUGCAUUUGCCAUCACCUGCAACACAAAGAAACCGAACAAACCUGCCCAAAUUGUCGGCGUCCUCUUUCUCUGCCUGACCUGUUCUCAGCCCCUCCAGAAUCUUCCAAUCCUGAAAACCCUAAAAAACUGUCAAGAACAACCCCUUCCAAAGUCUCAGCUCUCAUAAAACUCUUGAAGGAAUCUAGGGUUGUAAACUCAAUCAGUAAAUCAGUAGUUUUUUCACUGUUUGAUAAGAUGUUGGCAUUAAUGGAAGAGCCUCUGGAAGAUGCUGGCUUCAAUACAUUGCGGUUGGAUGCAUCAACAGAUGAAAUAAGGCAAGCUGAAAUAAUCAAGGAAUUUGGAUCAGCAGGAGCAGACACGGUUCUGCUUGCGAGUCUCAAGACUUCAGGAACCGGCAUAAACCUCACAGCUGCUUCCAAAGUCUACUUGUUGGAGCCAUGGUGGAAUUCAGCGGCUGAGGAACAGGCAAUAAACCGUGUUCAUCAAUACGGACAGAAGGAGAAUGUAAGAAUUGUUAGAUUGAUUGCUAAAAAUAGCAUUGAAGAAAGGAUAUUGGAGAUGCAGGAAAGGAAGAAAGCAGCGAAUGAAGCUUCUGGAAGGAAACGGCCAUAUGAACAACACGAGGCUAGCAUAGAUGAUCUCUGUCGCCUCUUCUUCUGGUGAGCAUGCCUUGAUCUUUGUUUCAUGAUUCU